ACCGGAUACGGGAAGUGGCGGGUUCUGGUCGCUCCUCAUCCCUGCUCAAUUAGAAGCGCUUCACAGCGGCUACGGCUGCCGGUGCCCGUCCGGUGUCGGUCUCCGAGCAUCCGCUUCCGCGGGGCGGCCUGGCGCUGAGGAAAUAUGACAGCCAUCAAGCACGCGUUACAGAGAGACAUCUUCACACCGAGCGACGAGCGCCUGCUGAGCAUCGUGAAUGUCUGCAAAGCGGGCAAGAAGAAAAAGAACUGUUUUCUGUGUGCCACAGUGACAACUGAGCGCCCUGUGCAGGUGAAGGUGGUCAAAGUCAAGAAGUCUGACAAGGGCGAUUUCUACAAAAGGCAGAUUGCUUGGGCCCUUCGCGACUUGGCUGUGGUAGACGCCAAAGAUGCCAUCAAAGAAAAUCCUGAAUUUGAUUUACAUUUUGAAAAAAUCUAUAAGUGGGUUGCCAGCAGCACUGCUGAAAAGAACGCAUUCAUCUCGUGCAUUUGGAAACUGAAUCAGCGCUAUCUCCGCAAAAAAAUUGAUUUUGUCAAUGUUAGCUCACAGCUUUUGGAAGAAUCUGUCCCAAGCGGGGAGAAUCAGAGUGUAACAGGAGGGGAUGAAGAAGCCGUGGACGAGUACCAGGAGUUAAAUGCAAGAGAAGAGCAGGACAUUGAAAUAAUGAUGGACGGCUGCGAGUGUGCGAUCUCCAAUGCUGAAGCCUUUGCGGAGAAGUUGUCCCGAGAGCUGCAAGUGCUCGACGGGGCUAACAUUCAGUCAAUCAUGGCCUCUGAAAAGCAGGUGAAUACUCUGAUGCAGUUGCUGGAUGAGGCCCUAAAGGAGGUGGAUCAGAUUGAGCUGAAACUGAGCAGUUACGAGGAGAUGCUCCAAAGUGUGAAAGAGCAAAUGGACCAGAUCUCUGAAAGCAACCACCUGAUUCAUCUCAGCAACACGAAUAACGUGAAGCUCCUGUCCGAGAUAGAGUUCCUCGUGAACCACAUGGACUUGGCCAAAGGUCACAUAAAGGCCCUUCAGGAAGGGGAUCUUGCUUCUUCCCGAGGCAUUGAGGCCUGCACCAACGCUGCUGAUGCCCUUCUGCAGUGCAUGAAUGUCGCUCUUCGACCAGGCCACGACAUGCUCCUGGCCGUCAAGCAGCAGCAGCAGCGCUUCAGUGACUUGAGGGAGCAUUUUGCCCGAAGACUGGCCAGUCAUCUCAACAAUGUUUUUGUUCAACAGGGUCAUGACCAGAGUUCAACUCUUGCUCAGCAUUCUGCUGAACUGACUCUACCCAAUCAUCAUCCAUUUCAUAGAGACUUGCUCCGAUAUGCCAAGCUGAUGGAGUGGCUAAAGAGUACAGAUUAUGGAAAAUAUGAAGGACUAACAAAGAAUUACAUGGAUUAUUUAUCCCGACUCUAUGAAAGAGAAAUCAAAGAUUUCUUUGAAGUUGCAAAGAUCAAGAUGACUGGCACCACUAAAGAAAGCAAGAAGUUUGCUACACUGCCUCGAAAAGAAAGUGCUGUCAAACAGGACCCAGAGAGUCUCCAUGGGAGCUCUGGGAAACUCACUGGAUCAACUUCUAGUUUGAAUAAACUGAGCGUCCAGAGCUCGGGCAAUCGCAGGUCCCAGUCAUCCUCCCUGCUGGACAUGGGGAACAUGUCUGCCUCUGACCUUGAUGUCGCCGAUAGAACCAAAUUUGAUAAGAUCUUUGAACAGGUACUGAGUGAACUGGAACCGCUGUGUCUGGCAGAACAGGACUUCAUAAGUAAAUUUUUCAAACUACAGCAACAUCAAAACAUGUCUGCAUCAAUGACUGAAGCAGAAGACAUGGAUGGUGGUUCAUUAUCACGACAGCAUAGUUCUGGCACACUGCCGCCUGUUUCAUCUGAGAAAGAUAUGAUUCGCCAAAUGAUGAUUAAAAUAUUUCGCUGCAUUGAACCAGAACUGAACAACUUAAUUGCAUUAGGAGACAAAGUUGAUAGCUUUAACUCCCUUUACAUGUUAGUCAAAAUGAGUCACCACGUGUGGACUGCACAGAAUGUGGACCCUGCGUCUUUCCUAAGUACUACAUUGGGAAACGUUUUGGUGACUGUGAAGAGGAACUUCGACAGAUGCAUUAGUAACCAAAUAAGGCAAAUGGAAGAAGUAAAAAUCUCGAAGAAAAGUAAAGUAGGAAUUCUUCCAUUUGUUGCUGAAUUUGAAGAAUUUGCUGGACUUGCAGAAUCAAUCUUCAAAAAUGCUGAACGUCGUGGCGAUCUGGACAAAGCAUACACCAAACUAAUCAGAGGAGUGUUUGUUAAUGUGGAGAAAGUAGCAAAUGAAAGCCAGAAGACCCCCAGGGAUGUAGUAAUGAUGGAAAACUUCCACCAUAUUUUUGCAACUCUUUCUCGAUUGAAAAUCUCAUGUCUAGAAGCUGAGAAAAAGGAAGCCAAGCAGAAGUACACUGAUCACCUCCAGUCUUACGUCAUUUACUCCUUAGGACAGCCUCUUGAAAAACUAAACCAUUUCUUUGAAGGCGUUGAAGCCCGAGUAGCGCAGGGCAUACGGGAGGAGGAAGUGAGCUACCAGCUUGCAUUCAACAAGCAAGAGCUUCGCAAAGUCAUUAAAGAAUAUCCUGGCAAGGAGGUGAAGAAGGGGCUGGAUAACCUUUACAAGAAAGUUGAUAAGCACUUAUGUGAAGAGGAGAACUUACUGCAGGUGGUGUGGCACUCCAUGCAAGACGAAUUUAUACGCCAGUACAAGCACUUCGAGGGCUUGAUAGCUCGCUGCUAUCCUGGGUCUGGAGUCACAAUGGAGUUCACUAUUCAGGACAUUCUGGAUUAUUGCUCCAGCAUUGCACAAUCUCACUAAACAAGCCUGAUGAAAGAACAAGAAGAAACAAGCACACGCUCAGUACGCCAACACUACAUUAAAAAAUAGAGCAAGUGCUUUAAGAAGGCAGACUCAAGCGUUUGUGUGUGACUAAAUGUCAGAUAACUGUGGUGCUCUGCCCCAGGUCCUGAGUGCAGAGCGCAGCCUGGGGGUCAGUUCUACUUGACCUCCCAGUGAUGUACUUAUGUAAGCCUUGAUCUCAUCGUGAAAUGCCUUCAGCACUCACUUCUCAGUGCUGGGCAGGACAUUUCCCUUCAUUGUCAGCUUCCUGUGUAUGCCAGUGGCUCUCCUGGGAGGAACAGUGGGAGUUCGGCACUCAAUCCUCACCGGCUGCUAACAAAUCAUGGAACUCCGGGAGCAUUAUACAGUAUUGUUUGUCCCUUGUUUAACACGUGUGCACAUGGGCAAGGGAGCUGAAGAGGUAGUCAGUUACCAGCCUGGAUUUUGAGGAUUAUGUGGCUCUGUAUAUUAAAUAAAAAGUUUUUUAAAGUUGA